AUGUUCUUGGAAGAAAACAUAGCUCUUCGUCUUAUCAAACAGCAUUCAGAUGUCGAAGAAGUAGAGAGCAGUCCAGCGUCUCCCGAAGAUGCUUACGGCACUGGUAGUACUGGGAGAACAUACUUCGACGAAGGUGGUUAUGUGUCCGGAGGCUCCAAAGAUUCAGAUCCGUACGUCAGAAACAGAUUCAACCAGGCAGCUUCGGACAAUUUGCCAAGUAAUAGGGCAAUCCCUGAUACCAGAAACGCAAUCGUCCUGAACAGGAGUCCAGAGCAUCUCAUCAAAGAAAUUAUUCUAGUCGAUGACUUCAGCGACAAUCCGGAGGACGGAGCAGCUCUACGUUCUAUACGGAAGGUGCGCGUGAUUCGGAACUCAAAGCGGGAAGGUCUGAUGAGGUCGAGGGUGCGUGGCGCUGACGCGGCCACCGCACCAGUACUGACCUUCCUCGAUUCACACGUGGAGUGUAACGUACACUGGCUGGAGCCAUUACUGCAGAGGAUCAAAGAGGCGAGUAUUUAA